AUGAGCUAUCGUCGCAAGAAAGAUUCUGCAAGAGGAAAUCGUGGUAGCGGUAGUGAUGCUUCUCAACGUCCUAUUGGUAAUAACAGAGAUCAAGUAGUUCGCAACCCAUUAGAUAUAGAAAGAGAAAAUGUUCGCAUUUUAUCCGAAAAUUUCAAUUCAUCCGAAUUAUCGUAUAAAGGAAGCGACAAAAUUGUAUUCAUCCCUAAUGAAGAUAAUAUGGAUACAAACUGGAGACGUUAUUUGAAAAAAGAACUCACUAAUCAACAUCAUAUCCGCAGAUUCCUAAAUUCAUGUUUGGUUACUGCCUCUAAAGAAACUGAAUACAAAGUAGAGGAAUUAAUUACAAAUCUUGGAGGACCUGAAGGUAGACAACGUUUAAGAGAAAUUGUCAUGUUUCCCAUGUCUGUUGAUGCCGGAUUACAACCUCGUGUAGCUUCUUUCCAACGUGUUACUUUGCCUUUCCUUGCGUUGUUAACUCGGUCCGGAAUAAUUGAUAGUAUUUUGGAAGUCCAAAUUAAUGCUAUAUUCUCUAUUGUAUAUCAUAAUUUGGAUGAUUUCAUGCAAGGCAAAGUAAUGCCUAUGUUGGAAACUUUGGUCCUGAGAAAUUCGUUAGCUGAUAACAAUACGUCUCAAGCGGAAUUACUUAGAGACGAUCCUAAUUCUUUUAUACCUAAAUCAAUUGGACAAUUUUUCUUGGUGCUUGUAAGACUAUGUAAUUUUAUGCUUAGUCGAUUAAAAGAAGCUGCGAGCAAUGAGACAAUGCAUAAUAUUGUACGACGUCUAGAGAAUUCAAAAAACGCUUGGCAAAUUUCACAUCAGAUUGACUCCAAUGACCCGAUUAAUUCCAAUAUUGAAAGAAAACAUUACUUUUUCCAUAUUUUAGAUAAAGAAUUCAGAAACAUGAGACAACUGAUAAAUAAUUCUCAGAGAAAUUAUCCAAACGAGCUCAAUUCAGUGGAUAAUGCCUCAAGGUCUUAUAAAGAAAGGGCACAAAUUGUUGAUUUAAAGCGCACUUACGAUCCUCCUGGCGAAUUGUCUGAACAUGGACCACGCCAUAAUAACGAUUUCAGUGAUAUUACAAAAAUUUCCAUAAUUCCUACCAAGGAAGAAAUUUUCAGCGUUAGGCCACCUUUUUUACCUCCGAAUAUUCCUGGAGCCCCACAUUUUCUUCCUGAAGGACCUGCACGCCUUCUUGAUUCACAGUUUCGUUUAUUCCGUGAAGACAUGUUAAGUCCUAUUAGGGGAGGAAUUACAAAUUUCUUACAAUUUUUGGCAGAAAAACAGAAUAAUUCUCAGAUAAAAAAAUUCCGGGAAGUAGGUGGUAGAUACAGAUACAACAGUGGUCAAGAUAACGGAGAUUUAUAUAUUUAUCCCAAUGUUCGUUUUGCUGGAAUUACAGUCGAUAAAAGACGUGGAUUUUCAUGUCGAAUCGCAUUUACAGGACCAAAAAAUGUCGGAAGAACCAAGGGAGAUCGUAUUGUUUACUGGCAAAGAUCAAAGAAAUUAAUGAAUGGAAAUUUAGUUUGUCUUCUUUGGCCAACAGAAAAUACAGCUUUGGUGAAUAAUAAAAAUAAUAUUCCUAAUGCUACACAAUAUUCUCUUUUUUUUGGUGUAAUUGUGCAAAGAGAUGAAAAACUUUUAGCUAAAUAUGACGAUAGAGUCGAAAUCGAAAUUAAUUUCUCGGAUGCGACCGUUUAUCCAUUAGCCUUAAAUGACAUCUCAAGUCAAAAAAAUCAAAAUAUGGUUAAGACUUCACGCUUUAUGGUAGAAUCCACAGGAGUUUAUUUGGAUUCUUAUUAUCAUAUUUUGAAAACUAUGCAAAGCACAAUGAAUUCAACUCUUCCUUUUGAAAGGUAUUUGGCUCCGACAAAUGAAAUGGUCGUUAAUUCUGUUGUAGAUUUACCUGACUACGCAAGAGCCCCCGGAUUUCACUUUAAUUUAGGUGUAUUAUUACGAGACAAGCAAAAAGAACUUUUGUUGAAUGUUUCUAACACAAAUGAACAUGAAAAUAUAAUUAAAGUACUUAAAAAUGAAAGCAUAAUAGAUUCAAAAGGAAACAAAUUAGAUGAUACACAAGCUAGAUCCCUUGUUUCUUCAUUGUGUAAAGAAAUUGCGUUGAUUGAAGGUCCACCGGGCACAGGAAAAACCGUUAUUGGGGUGGAAAUCAUGAAGGUUUUGCUAGCGCCAACCAAUCGCAAUAUAAAGCUUGGACCCAUUCUAACAAUUUGUUUUACAAAUCAUGCUUUAGAUCAAUUUCUAGAGCAUUUAAUUGAUAGAGCCGGAAUUGAUAACAUUGUGAGAUUAGGUGGACGUUCGAGAUCCGAUAAAAUUACCCCUUUUAAUCUCGAAGAAAUAGUUAGAAAUCGUGAAAGGCCUGUGGGAAUUGAAGCAUAUUUGUUAGCUCAGGCCUACAAAUCGCUUGAUGACAUUAAAAAAGAUGCGGAUAAGAUUCAAAAUAGAUUGAGUCAAAGAUGGUUAACUUGGAACGAAAUUUCUCCUUAUUUAUCAUUUGAAUUUGCUGAACACUAUAGCAAAUUUUCCUAUUAUCAUGAUGAUCCCGAAGUACCGAAGUUUUUGUUAGAUAACGAUAACGAUAUGGAUAUUGAUGAUGAAUCUUCAUGGAAAACUGCUGGCAGUGCUUCAAGGAAUAAACCGGUGUUUGAACAGUGCUAUGGUAUUCUUGAUAAUAACGAUGAAUUUUAUUACGAAUUUGAUGUUGAUGAUGAAUAUGUUGAGCCAAUUUAUGAUUCCAUGCAAAGCUUUCUGUUGAAUUGGUCAGAACCUACAACAAAUCGUCCUUUAGAGGAACUAAAGGACGAUACGAAUAUUUGGAAUAUGUCCGAAGCCGAACGAAUUACAUUGCAUGACUUUUGGCGACAGGAAUUCAAUUUGGAAUGUAUUGAAGAUUUAGCGCGGUUACAAAAAACUCAUGAUGAAAAGAGAAAAGAAGUCGAAAAUGUUCAAAAUGAAAGGCGAAAAAAAAUUUUAAAAGAAUGUGAUGUUAUUGGAAUGACUACACAUGGAACUGCGAAAUUUCAAUCUCUUAUUCGUUCUAUUGGACCUAAAGUUAUUUUAUGUGAAGAGGCCGGAGAAGUUCUAGAAGCUCAUAUUCUUUCAGCGCUUACACCAUCAACACAACAUCUUAUCCUCAUUGGUGAUCAUAAGCAAUUACGACCACACGUUGCUACCUAUAACUUAAGUUGUGAAUCAAGCAAUGGUAAAAAAUAUAGAUUAGAUGAAAGUCUAUUUGAACGUUUAGUUAAAGGUAACAAAGCUACACGGCUUGAGCAAUCUCAAUUAUUGACUCAAAGACGUAUGAGAGGCGAAAUUUCUAAUUUAAUUAGAUCCACAAUAUAUCCGAAACUUAUUGAUGGAGAAAACACUACUUAUCCAAAUGUUCGUGGUGCUCAGCAUAAUGUGUAUUUUAUUAAUCAUCGUCACUCUGAAGAUAAAACAAAAAGUGAAUUUGCAAUUCAAUCGCAUUCUAAUCAACAUGAAGUGAAUAUGAUUAUUGAAAUGGUGAGAUAUUUCGUUAGAAAUGGAUACACUAAAGAAGAUGAUAUUGCUGUCCUUACACCAUAUCUUGGACAAAUGAUGAAACUUCGUGACGCUUUAAAAGCAACAUUUACUGUUGUUAUUGAUGAGAGAGAUAGUCAAGAUCUUGCAGAAAUGGAAGAUGAUGACGAUGAAGAAAGCCCAGAAAGUAAUGUUGUAGGCAAUAUCAGUAUCGCAACAAAAAAAUCAUUAAAUCAACAAGUUACACUGAGAACAGUUGAUAAUUUUCAAGGCGAGGAAGCCAAUAUAGUUAUCAUUUCACUUGUGAGGAACUCUUUAAAUGAGUCAAAUAAAGGUUCAAUUGGUUUCUUGAAGUCAGAAAAUCGUACUAAUGUUUUACUUUCACGAGCGAAACAUGGAAUGUAUUUGCUCGGUAAUGCUGAGUUAAUGGCCAACGGAUCUCCUAUGUGGUCAUCAGUGGUUCAAAUGUUAAAAUCCAGUGAUCCUCCAAAAGUUGGUGGUUCUUUUCCUAUCGUCUGUCCUCAACAUCCUAAGAAUAGAAAUUACGUGAGUGAACCCAUACAAUUCUCUGAAUUUGCACCAGAUGGAGGAUGUUUAGAGAGUUGUGGGGAAAAACUUGAAUGUGGACACUUAUGUCCUUAUAAAUGUCACUUUGAUAACCCAGACCAUAUUAAUAUAUUUUGCAGAAAGGAAUGUAUUAAAUUACAUCCAGAAUGUUUACAUCCCUGUAGCAAGUUUUGCGGCGAAAAAUGUGGUGAUUGUUCUUUGGUCAUUGGUGAUAUAAUGUUGCCUUCUUGUGGUCAUUUGUAUCCAAGAGCUAAGUGUUAUGAAACUCGCAACGUUGAUUCAAUACUUUGUCACAUAAAAGUAUCUAAAACAUUACCUAAUUGUGGACAUAAGCUUGAAGUAAUGUGUUAUGAAUCAGUAGAUGAUAUUGUCUGUAAACAACCAUGUGGAGAAUUAACCAAAUGUGAACAUAUUUGUUCAGCACCAUGUCAUGAAUGCCAGAAGCGUUCAAUUAAAGCAAACAAUGAUGAACCACCUUUAGAUGAGAAUGGAUUCAUAAUAAGGAAUACACAUGGAUCAUGUGCAAAACCUUGUGAAAGAAACUUAUUUUGCGGCCACAAAUGUGAAGAAGUCUGUCAUGAAGGAAGAAUAUGUAAACCUUGUAAAGCAAAUUGUACAGUUUCUUGUUCUCACUCUUCAUGUAAAUUGGAGUGUUUUAAACCUUGUGCUGCUUGUGCUGAACCAUGUGAUUGGUGUUGUCCCCAUGGAAGAUGUCUUCUAUCUUGUGGUGCUCCAUGUUCAAGAUUACCAUGUAAUUUAAGAUGUGAAAAAAACUUGGUGUGUGGACACCGUUGUCCAGGAAUAUGUGGUGAACGUUGUCCAUCACCGAAGUUUUGUGAAAUUUGUGCUCCGAAGGAUGUUAAAGAUCAAAUGAUCGACUUUAUUGAACUUCAGUCAUUUGCCGAAAUUGAUUGGGGUAAAGAAAGAAUGGUGAUCCUGGAUUGUGGUCACGUAUUUACGAUGGAUACUAUGGACCGUCAUAUGGAAAUGAUGAAUUAUUAUGAGGGAAGUUAUGAAAGAUGGACGGGUUUUAAAAUUCUUUCAUCGCAAAGUGGAGAAAAUAAAAUGAUGACAUAUGGAAGAUCAAUUAAAAAACGAAUUCUUGAUACUCAGAACAAAAAAUUUUUAAUGGUGUAUGACCUCCGUUUAAAAUUUCAAAGAAAUGCGUUGGAAGCUGCUAUAAGAAAUUUGGACAAUAACAGACCGAAUAUGUUGGAAAGGUUUAAAAGUAUUCGAUUAUAUUCGACAGAUAAUAGCAAGAAGAACAAUAUUGAGGGUCCAGAUAAAAUUGUCCCCGAAGUUACCAUUAAAGAACAAUUUUAUCAAAUUGGAAAGUACCAUUCUAUUCCAGAACAACAAACAAAGCUAUGGCAAAAUCAUAUUAAAGAUCUCUAUAAAUCAUAUAAUCAAUUGACAAUGAUUAUGGCACAUACAAAAAACCCACCUCACAAAAAGGCAUUUGAUGCAGCUUUGACACGUCUUUACAAUGAAAAAUCAAAGGUUCCAAUCGAUGUGUUCAAUUUUGAAAAUAUUAACAUCGCAGAUGACUCAGUCCGCUUUGAGCAAAGUCUUCGAGAAGUGGGUUUGAUUGCACCACAAUUAGACCGCCGUGUUUACAUUGACGCUUUCUUUGAAAUUGUUAACGCUCAAAAAAUUAUGUUUCACGAAGUAGUUCGAAUAAUUUCAGAAUUACCGAAUACAGAAGUGCCUCAUUCAGAAGAAAGACAAGGUUAUAUUUCAGUAUUAGCAACACGAAAAAAUUGGAUCGGGUUUUGUGGCAGAAUAAUUGAUUCAAUUACAAACCAUUUGGAAAAAAUUUUUCAAACAUGUGAAGAAAGUAAAUAUGGACGGCAUCUAGUGCAAGCUUCAUUAGAAUUGGUGGAAUUUGAAUACCAAGUUGGUAGAUUUAAUUUAAACAAUCGAAUGAACCCCCAAAUUUCUAUAUCCGAACCAAUUAAAAGGGAAAUUAUAGAGAAAUGUAAUAAAAUCCGCAAAGAUUGUAAAAAAAUACAACGGGAUUAUUUGCAAAAAAUUAAUUUAGAAUAUUUUCAAGGACAAUGCGAAGCGAGGAUUGUUAAGUUAUUGAAUGAUGUAAAUGAAUUACAAGAGAAAGCAGAAAAUUAUGGACAAUUAACUCGAGAAGAAAAAGUGUCAAUCUACAGAGCAAUGAGCAGCGAGUUUAGCGGGUCAGGGCACUGGUACGAAUGUCCAAAUGGUCAUCCGUAUACUAUUGGUGAAUGUGGAGGAGCAAUGCAAGCUAGCAGAUGUCCUGAUUGUGGAGCAGCGGUUGGUGGAGGUAGCCAUAGUUUAACUAGUGGAAACAGACGUAAUGUCGAAUUUGACACAAUGGGUGGAACAAUUUAG